AUGAUUAACACUGUCACACUUCACCCAACUACCCGUCUUUCUUCUCUCCCUCUUCCUCCUCACCUCACACACUUCCCACCCAUUUCCCAUUCUUCUCCUUUUCUUCUCCCCAAACUCAAACUCAAUCUCAAACCCAUUUUCUCAUUACGCUCUCCGUCUCGCCGGAAACUUCCGUCUGCCACCAUGCUCCACCAUGACCCUGUUGUCUCUGAUUUCAUUGCAACUGCUAUCUCCGGUGUUGUUGCCACCUCUUUUCUUAGAUUGUGGGAAGAAACCGCAAAACGUGGACUUUUUGAUCAGAAAUUGAAUAGGAAACUUGUGCACAUAUCCAUUGGGCUGGUAUUCAUGUUCUGUUGGCCACUAUACGGUACUAGUGAAUGGGGACCUUACUUCGCGGCUUUUAUUCCGGGAGUGAAUAUACUUCGGAUGCUUGCUAUUGGACUUGGAGUUUGGAAAGAUGAGGGCACUGUGAAAUCAAUGAGCAGAUUUGGAGAUUAUAGGGAACUUCUUAAAGGACCACUGUAUUAUGCUGCAGCUAUUACUUUCGCAUGCAUAAUAUACUGGAGAACUUCCCCGGUUUCCAUUGCUGCAAUUUGUAAUCUGUGUGCAGGAGAUGGUAUGGCAGACGUCGUUGGAAGGAGAUUUGGUGGUAAAAAGAUACCUUACAACCAAAACAAAUCCUAUGCUGGAUCGAUUGCAAUGGCAUCUGCUGGGUUCUUGGCUUCUAUUGGGUAUAUGUGGUAUUUUUCGUCAUUUGGAUACAUGGAGGGAAGCUGGAACAUGGUUAUAGGUUUCUUAGUUGUGUCUGUGAUCACGGCAAUUGUGGAGUCCCUUCCUAUCAGCACAGAUCUUGAUGACAAUCUCACAGUUCCACUCACUUCCAUAUUGGUAGGAAGCAUGAUCUUCUGA